GGUGUCCCCUAGUAACACACAACGCUGAUGUGACUGAGACCUGCAGAGUCCUCGAGGGUGUUACAAUCCAUGGAUUCCUUCUUUAUCUGCAGUUGACCUGCUGGACAUCUACUUUGUCUACUUUCCUAGCACACACUCUUUCAUUCGGCUCGACGGGGAGCCUCAUUCUAGACUGGGCCAAAUAGGCUUCAGUGGGAUCUUUAACACUACCCUUAUCAUCCCACUCAUUUCAACCACACCUUCUCAAAUGGCUAGCGUACACUCCAUAUCACUCCUCUCAGAGGCCGCAUAUGGCUGCGAACAUUUGUCCGCACAACUGGGACAAUGUGUGAGCACUGCUGAGCAGUUCAAGACCGCGUUUAUCAAAGCACAUAAUGCUCUCAGCAAUUUUCCACGCCCCAUGGACUCGUCUGUUAAGCAGAACGGUCGCCUCAAGGCCAGGGGCCUUUUGAAGCCUAAGUACACCUGCUUGACAUGUUCUGAGGCGAUGUCAAUAGGCGACCGGAAAGCCCAUGCCGAGAAGACUAGUCAUCAGUUUUACAUGGAUUCUAGAGGCCGCGCACUGUACUGCCAGGCUUGCAGGGAUUUCGUCUACGACCACGGUUUAGAACGGCUUCGCUGCUCAACAGCGGAAAGCACUUUAGAAGUCGCCCGAAAACGUCGCUUUAGCAAUAGCUCUGCGGACGAACUUUAUAUUCGCAGUAAUGCUAACAAGCGUCCAUGUGCCAAGCAAGGCGUCAGGGGCUUGUUUAACCUAGGGCAAACCUGCUAUCUCAAUGUCAUUCUUCAGACACUUCUGCAUGACCCAAUACUCAACACCUACUUUCUUGGGAACGGUCAUCAGCCACACGACUGUACUGCCUCUGACUGUGUGGGAUGUGCAGUUGCUGAGGCUUUUGCCGACUUCAACAGCAGCGACAAAGCAGAGGGUUUCGCGGCUCUCAAUCUUCUCUUGGCGACAUGGCGCGCAAGUCCUACUUUGGCGGGCUAUCAGCAACAAGAUGCUCAUGAAUAUUACCAGUUUCUUGUCGACAAACUUCAUGCUAGCACUGAGGGACACCGAGAAGGUCAUGAAAAGGGCUGCCCUUGUUUCUUCCAUAAGACCUUCUACGGAAAACUUCGAAGCAGCGUGACCUGCGACAAGUGUGGCAAUGUCACGCGAACGGAUGAUCCUAUGGUGGACCUCAGUCUCGACGUCCAGGUGCAAGCGAAGAAGCGCGCCAUGGGUGGUAUAGGAGUAUCAUCGACGCCUACCCUAAGUGGAUGCCUGGAUAGCUAUACGUCCCCGGAGAAACUCAUGGCAGGCGUGUACAACUGCAGUCACUGCGGCGGAACACCCCAAAAAGCAACCAAGCAGUUGCGAAUCCGCAAGCUGCCGGCCAUUCUGUGCAUGCAGUUGAAGCGCUUCGAGCACACGUUUUCAGUCUCAGAGAAGCUAGAAGGCAAGAUCGACUUUCCCUUGUCUAUCAACAUGCUCCCCUAUACGACCGUCCCACAUGCCAAGGUUGAUAGGUCAAGAUUCAUUUAUGACCUCUCAUCUGCCGUAGUCCACAAGGGCAAGCUUGAUGCGGGGCAUUACUAUGUCUACUGCCGUCAGGGCGACGAGUGGAUGCUUUUUAAUGACGACCAAGUCACAGCUGUCACGGAGGCCGAUGUCCUCAAUGCUGAUGCUUAUCUCUUAUUCUACAAUCUUCGAUCUCUCGCUUCUGCACCGCAAUAGAAGCGUGUACACAGCUAUCAUGGAGACUGAUGUCCUCAACGCUGAUGCUUAUCCCUUAAUCUACAAUCUUUGAUCUCUCGCUUCUGCACCGCAAUAGAAGCAUGUACACAUACAAUUCUCGUGUACUACUACAUCAUAUCCGGCGGUUCAUCUCUCGCAUUUGGUUUCAGUUCAGCGACCCGGAGUCAUGGCAAGGAGUUGAUUGUCUGUUUGGUUGCAUGCUCGUCUAGGCGAGAGGUGGCUGGCAACUUCCAUAGAUGCAAGACCUGGUGUUUGGCUUUUUUAAUUGCUUAGACAUAGUGGAAUAGGUUAGCGCUGUGCUUGUUGAAAGACUACAGUAGAAGGCAUCUGCGAUAGGUUCAUGCAUAGCUGUUUAGCUAGAUUUCAAUACAGUAUUGCCUUAUCGUGCC